AUGGAAUUUCAAAAUUCUCCUGAAAACGAUAGAAAUUAAGGCAAAAAUAUGAGCGAAAACUCCGAAAUUGAAAUAAAAGAAUAUUCUUCAUAUAAUAUAAAAGACUAAAGUAUUUCUGAAAUAAUAGACCUUUAAGAUAAGCUUUCUAUUCAAAAUCUCCGAAUAAUGCACAGUGAAAACUUAAAGAGCAUGAAUGGACUUUAAAUAUUUGAAAAACUUCAAUUUAUAAAUUUGAGUUCAAAUAAUAUAUAAAAAAUUGAAGGAUUAAAUUCUUUAAAUAAUUUAUAAGUCCUUAAUUUAAGUUGUAAUAAAAUAACAAUAAUUCAAGGUCUAUAAUUCUUAUAUAAGCUAGAAAAGAUAAUCCUUGCGCAUAAUAGAAUACAUAAUAUAUAAGGCUUAGAAGAAUUAAAUGGAUAAAAAUAUAAAAUAAAGCAUAUUGAUUUGAGAAACAAUAAAAUAAAAGAUGUAUAAUAACUAUAACAUAUAUAAGAUUUAAAUUGUUUAUAAGAAAUUAUAUUUGAAUUUGGAAAAAAUAGUAAUCCUUUGUGUAAUGAGAACAAAGAAAUAUACUUAAAAGGAUUAUAAAAUUUAAAAAAUAUUCAUAAAAUAGAAAAAAUAGACGGAUAAAAUUUAAAUAAAAUCUUCGAAAAUAAUAAUAUAGUAAUAAAUAAUAAUAAAACAAAUAAAAUAUCUAUAAAAUAAUAAAUAAAAGAAAAUAAUUUGAAUUCCUAAAAUUAAAAUUAAAAUUAUUUAUAUAAUAAUUAAAAUUAUUAAAACUAGUCUCAUUUAAAUAACUAAUAGCAUCUUUUCUAAAAUAACUAAUAAAUUAAUCAAAAUAAUAAUAACAAUUAUUAAUAAUUUUAAGAUAUAUAAACUAAUAAUGUUUUUUUAUAAUUUUAAUAAUAGCUUUAAUAAGCUGAAUAAGCUUAAAAAGAUCUUACUUAAAAAGUUGAUUUAACCGAAAAGUUUUGGUAAUAAAAAGUCGAAUAAAUGUAAGAAGAUAUGAAUAAUCUAUAGGAAUAAAAUAGGACUUAAAAUUAAAAAAUAAAGCAAUUAAAUAAAGAAAAGACAUUUUUAGAGGAAUAAUUUAAUGACUUAAAAAACGAAAGGAUAAAAAUUUUAAAUAAAAAUGAAAAAAAAGAAGAAAUUGUAGAUAAUUUAUAAAUAAGAAUUACUGAACUUAUAAAAGAAAACGGUUCAUAUCAUCGAGAAUUAGCCUUAAAAAAUGAUUAAAUAGAUAAAUUUUAAAAUGAAAUAAAAAAUCAAUAUGAAGAAUUAAAUGAAAUGAAAGGAAGACUAAGAGAAAAUGAGAAAACACUAAGUGAAUUUCACUAAAAAGCGCUAGAUUAAGCAACAAAUAAUUUACUGAGAAAUGAAGAAAUAAGAAAAAAAUACGAAAAUUUAAUAGAUGAGAAUAAAUUAAUCAUAAAUGAUAAUUAAACUCUAAAAAAUAAAGUUUAAGAAUUAUUAGAUUUAUGUAAAGAAUGGGAAUAUAAACACGAAAAAAAAACAAAUGAAAUAACACAUAAAUUCGAAUAAUAAAUAAGAGAAAUACAGCAAGAAUAUUAAUAAAAAGAACAAGAAAUUGAUAAAAAAUAAAAAUAAAUUAUAAAUGAAAAAGAAAAAUAAUUUAGAGAUGAUUUAGAUUCCUUAGAAGAUGAAUUUAAGCGAGUGUUAACCUAAAACAAUGAAAAAUAUAAAUUGCUAAAUACUGCAUAUUAAGAAAAAUGCAAAUAAGAAUAAGAUUAAAGGUAAUUAUUGAAAGUAUAAUAUGGAAGAGAUAAAGAAUAACAUAAUAUGAUUUUAGAAUUAUAAUCUUCACUUAUGAAAAUAAAAAAGGAUGUAUUAGAAAUUGUAAAUGAUAAAGAAAUAGCUUAAAAAGAACUUGAAAAUAAAAAAACUUUAUUUGAAAAAGAAAUUACUUAAAUAUUAUAGGAAAAAGAAAAAAUAUAUAAUGAAAGAUAACAUUUUGAAAAAAAUUAUAAAGAAUUAUAAGAAAAAGAAAUUAAUGAGUUCUAAGAACUCGAAAAAUUAAGAAUUAAACUUAAGAAUUAUGAAAAUAUAGAAGAAGAAUUAGAAGAAUAUAUAUAAACAAUAAGUACUAAAAAUAAAAUGUUGGAUGAUAAAAAUGAUACAAUUGAUUAACUUAAAAGUUAAAUUGAGAAAAUAAAAAAUAAAGAAUUAGGUUAUAUUGAAGAUUUAAAUAAAUUAUAAAAAAAAUUUGAUAAAUAGAAUCUAAUUAUUGAAGAACUUGAAUAAUAAAUUUAAUAAUCUAAUGACGAAGCUGAAAAUGCAAUUAAUUAAUUAAAUGAAAAGAAAAAGUUAAUUGGAAUGUUUGAAUAGGAAUUCGGGGAUGUUAAAUUAAAAUAAGAUAAAGAAAUAUUUGACUUAAAAAAUUAAUUAAAAGAAUAAUAAGAAAAAAUUAAAGAAUUAAUUGUUUUGUUAGAAGAAUGUAAAUAAAAUAUCAAAAAAAAAGAAGAAAAUGUUAUUGAAUUAAAUAAUUUAAUUAAAAGUUAAUAGGAUGGAUUUAAUAUAUAGAUUUUAUAAUAUACUAACAGUAUUAAAUAAAAGGAAAGAAUUAUUAAAGAAUUGGAAAAUAAAUGUACAGAAACAUAAGAAGAUAUGAAAAUACUUUUAGUAGAAUAUGAAAAAUAAAAAUAAAAAGCAAAAGAAAGUAUAUAGAAAUUAUAAUGUAUAUUUAAUUAAUGA